UAGUCAGUUGGCAACUCGUCGCUGCGAUCUCAGAUCAUAAUGGAAGAUCAUAUCUAUCGUCCAACGAUAAGUAUAUAACUCUUGUAUCCCCAAAUCAUCUAGGCAGAUAUAUAGGCUAAGCCUCCACAGUCGCAGCAAGUACUGCAUUGAUAUUACUACUCUCAUUCUCCUCCAGCCGUCAUUUGUUGGCUUCUGUCCACGAUCCUUACUCACUCGCCACAAUCUUAUAGUUCUUAGAACUCUUGAGCAGCUGUUCGUUGACAUGAGUUCACCAUCUUGCUCUGUAGGUUGUCUGCUUCCUGCAGAAAAUCUUCGCUGCGUUCCUCUGAACCUCUUGGAAAUUCACGCUCUUACCGUACCCCCUGUUAUCGAGCUCUUUUUCUGCGUGUUUUUGAUUUAUAUGACCCGGAGAUCGAGCAGGGCGCACCUAUUGCUGGCCGCAGACGGUGUUUUGUAUUUUAUCUUGGCGCUGGUCGACCUUUUAUCGCAUGUAAUACCCGCUGUGCGGAAUUCAGUUACCGCUUCCAGAGUGGCCGAACUAUUCCUUGGAUCUGUCUCUUUCGUUCCUAUGCUAUUAUACACCUCGUAUCUAGUCUGGCUGAGUCGUAGGGAAUUCAUCCCCUACCUCCCUCGCCGCUUCCAACCUGGAGCUAAAUAUCUAUUCACUGGUCUUAUUCCUGUGGUUGCAGUGUCGACUUUCGCGGCAUCGCUCGGAAUGUCUAUCCAGAAUUUAUCUUUCCCGCAGGUCCCGCUCACGAUCGACUUCACAAAUAAGAGCGAAUUGCUGUGGCUGGAUCUCGGCCAGCUGUCACUCGCACUGUAUACAAACUAUCAAUGUCUAGCAGCCUUCCUCGCGUUGUAUCGGCUCUUUACCGCUCUUUUGGAUCAACAGCGCAUCGACAAUAAUCAUACCGACGAACGCCAUUUUUUCAACGGCACUGGGUGGAUUACUUUCGGCAUCAAGCUAGGAGCUGUUGAAGGCAUCGUUGGAUUUGUGGCGGGCGGCUUUGCUGUUCCGCUUUCCAGAAGAAUCCUACGACUGAUUGCCAGGGUUUGCAUAAUUAUUGGCAGUUUGAAGGGAAUGGACGAAAAUGAAAACUUUGAGUUCCUUAACAAGGAGCUGGUCUUGUGGCGUCGUGGCAAGCCCCCAUCGACCUCCCACUCGCUCAUAGUCAAUCGACGCAUGACCAUACGGUCCUCACAGUCCUCAGACCUGCAUCACGAGUCCUCCCCAAUUGAAAAGGAUAUGGAAAAGGGCAAGGCAGAUCGAGAUGUAAUAAUGCACGAUGAAGUUGGCGAGCCGGCGGUCUUGCACGUACGCCUUUCUGCACUCCCUCCUCCAGAACAGGCUAUCCAUGCAGAUGAAUCGCGGAGACAAUCUGGCCAGAACACGUCUACAGAAGUGCUUGCAUCCCGCACUGGUGCUAGCCUCUCAAAGAGCAACACUCGGCGCCAGUCUGCGCAGACCAUCUUCGACGAUAUGAGCGUUGUCCUUGAGCUGAGCCCCGACUUGCCCCCCGGUGUUACUGGCAAGUACCCCAGGUCCAUGCUCAGUGAAGGACACGAGGAUGACAAAUUCGAGCCUCCAGUCCUCGGCCAGCAGAGCACGUGUCGUAAUGCUGCACAGUCAUAUGACGAACAGAACGCAGCUGCUGAAUAUGCGUUGUUCUAUGCCAACGAGUUCAUGAAACAGAAACCCAUGCUUUCGCUUAUAUCCAUUCCGCAGUCCGCGCAUGCGCGCGCGGGAGGACCCGUGUCACCGUGUACAAGAUUCGCAUCACAACACGGCGGCAAUUAUCCAGUCCAGCUUCCCGUAACACCUACACGGGCAGGAAUCACCCCAACUGCUCAACUGGAAGGCGAGAGCUGGGACUCACUGAAAUACCGCCACAGACAUCUAUCAUCCCUUCACUUGCCCGAGCGUGCGAGCAAAGGCCACAGUGAUGUCACCACGCAUUCUUCACAGUGGUCGACCAUUGCACGUUCCCAAUCGCUUGCGAGUAUCAGGAUGUAUGGUGGUGGACCAGUAAUCAGUCCACGCCGUGCUUCUGCCGAUCCUGACGAUUUGAUUUCCCCGUCGGGCGCAGAAACAUUGCAUGACGGUGGGCCGCAGAUUAACAUUGAUCAGGAGCGUAUUACGUCCGCGGAUGCUGUCAUACACGAGUUCGAGAUCCAGGCAGCGUUCAACCGAGAAAAAGCUUUGCGGAAACUGAACGGGGAAGUAGGUGUAUAA